GUCGGUUGAGAUUGCAGUUUUCUGGGAUAAGGGGAAGAGUGCUGGUUGGGUUACAACGAGAAGUAUGGUGGUAAUUAAGAUCAGCACCCUACUUCUGUUAACAACAGUCUUAAACAAAUGCCUCGCCAAUCCCGGUCAUCACGUCCACCACAGGAUUCACAUCCCUACCAAAAUCAAAACCAUCUUCCACACCAAAAUCAUUAAGAUCCCGGAGCACCACCACUACAUCCAUGAAAAGGAGAAGCCCCAUUUGGUCAAAGUACCCGAGCACCACCACUACUUCCACGAGAAAGAGAAGGAAAAUCUGGAUGUGAACGACUGGGAUAACAAGGAUGACGACAUAGACACCCACAGCGACUGGGAGAGCGACCACAGGGGUAGUUAUGGGCACAAUAUUUUCAAGAAACAUGUGUCCACGACGCCACGUCGCCGCCACAAGAAGAGGAAACAUUGAUGUUGUUGUUAAUGUUGUUAGUUAAUUUAUAUUUGUUGUUGUUGUUGUUAAGUAUGUUACAUAAGUACAUUUAUAAAUAAUAAUAUGUUGACACUUGUUAGUGGAGACACAAUUUAAAUUACUAAGUUAGCUUAAAUUACUAAGUACAAAAGCAGUCACUUUUUAGUGUUACUUAUCGUAAUCGUGUUUUUAUUUUGUGUAAAAUCCAGUUGUUUUAGUACAAGCAAAAUAAACCUACAAGUACAAUGUAACUGUUUUAGGCAACCAGUUAAACACCUGUCACUUGGAGAAAGUGUGCGAUAUGUUUCCGAAUUCCGCCUUAGAUCUGCAAGAUGUUUCUGGAAAGUGGCAUUAAGCGAUGAAAUGCAUACAAACUGCUUUCACUAGUCCGUGACCUUUAACGAUUGAAACUUAUAGGUUCAGCUUAUGCACGCGACAGAUAAUUGCAUAUGUUUUAACGAUAUAAAUGAUAUAAUAAAUAAGGUCGGAUCAGUUAGAUUAAUUGAUUGUUAGUAGUAAUUGCAGGAAUUAGUUUCAUUUUUCGUUCUCUUUUUGAGAUGGAAGUUGUUAUCGUAUACAUUU